CGCAGCGCCGCACGCUCGCUCGCUCGCAACCAUCACCUCCCGUUCGCUUGCCCGACGCCUUCUUGCUGCCCUCUGGUCGCCAUCAUGAAUGGCGACCUGAGUCUCUCGCAGUCCUUUGGAGGUCUGCGCAUCGCCAAUCCCGAUGAGCAUCCCACCUCUCCCUCUCCACCGCCCGACCAGCCCGCCCCCGGCCUCGAUGCCGAGACCACAGCUCCUGUCCAACCAUCGUCAUCGGCUUCGCAAGCAUCGUCCUCGAGUACCAUUACCGACAAACCUACUUCCUAUAAUUCCACGCACAUGAUUCCCGAGACCCAGCCUACCUCGGGCGCACUAGGCUUCAAUCCAGACUCCUUCACCACCACCGAUUCUCCUGUCACCACUCCUCUGAGCCCGCCUGCUCAAAUUCCCCCGCCGUCUGCCGAUGCCUCUGCAUACUCAGCCCGCCUCGCCCACCGACAAUCAAUGCCCUUGGCUCAUCAGGCACAACAACAGGCUGGGUACCCGCAGUAUGCCUCGGGCUCCAUAUCUCACCCCCGUAAUACCCUCCCUCCGCAGCAAAAUUUGAGCGGCAGACCCAUGUCCACGAGCAUGUACCAUCAUCCCAAUCUAUCUUCCAGCUCUGCCACCGGCCCAAGCACCUACCGGUACAAUGAUGAUGUCACGACAGAUAUACGGCGCACCAGCAGUUCGAGAGUUGCGCCGAAUGGCAUACCGACCCGCGAGUUGAGUAGGAGUAGUAGAGUAUACCCUCCUGGUCAAAUGGCCACCGGGAACGGCCCAUUGCCCCCUCGUAGAAGCUCACGACGCAUACCGAUGCCCAUGGACGGCGCUCACGGCGGCAGUGCUUCAUCCGCUAGCCACUUGUCGAGUUCGCCUUACGGUAUCGAGGGCGGUCCAUUGCAAAGCAGUGAAGAUUGGAAAGAAAAAGGCGCCGCUACAGGGGUGAGGCAGGAAUUUGAUCAGAAUGGUCGGCCUGUAACGAGGGUGGUGAAAAAAGGCGUCAAGGACUUUAGUUUCGGCAGAACACUAGGCGAGGGUUCAUACAGUACCGUUCUGGCCGCUACGGAUCGUCAAACACUCCGCGAAUACGCAAUCAAGGUUCUAGAUAAGCGUCAUAUCAUCAAGGAGAAAAAGGUCAAAUAUGUCAACAUCGAGAAGGAUACGCUCAAUCGGCUGACUGAACAUCCCGGCAUUGUUCGACUCUACUACACCUUCCAAGAUGAACGCUCGCUCUACUUUGUGCUCGAUCUGGCAUCUGGUGGAGAGCUGCUGGGAUUUCUCAAGAAAAUGACUUCUUUCGAUGUUGAAUGCACAAGAUUUUACGGUGCGCAAAUACUCGACGCGAUUGACUAUAUGCAUUCGCGAGGUGUUAUACAUCGCGAUUUAAAACCCGAAAAUGUGCUACUGGAUGAUCAAAUGCACAUCAAGAUUACCGAUUUCGGAACUGCCAAAAUACUGGACCUGAAGAAACCCAAUGGCACGGGCUCAGGAGAUCCACUGGAUGGCAUAGAAACAGAAAGAGCACAGUCGUUUGUAGGCACGGCGGAAUACGUGUCGCCUGAGCUACUAACGGACAAAAACGCCUGCAAAGCCAGCGAUCUGUGGGCAUUCGGCUGCAUUAUCUACCAACUCCUUGCCGGUCGCCCUCCGUUCAAAGCAGCCAACGAGUAUCAAACUUUCCAAAAGAUUGUGGGUUUGGAAUACGCGUUCCCAGAUGGUUUCCCAGCGCUAGCCAAGGAUCUCGUCGAGAGGCUCCUGGUGCUAGAUCCUUUGACGCGAUUGCCAAUAGAACACAUCAAGAGUCAUCCAUUCUUUGAUGGUGUCACUUGGGGGAAAGGAUUGUGGAAGCAGAAGGCUCCGAGACUCAAGGCCUAUGUCGCUCCCCCUAGAGAGCCCAUCAGUCUAAAUGGUCCAUCAGCUGCCGGUGCUUCUGCUUCUGCUGCCCCGCCAUCUGCAUCAGCUGCUAACCCAAUACGCCCCACACCCCGAUUGAUCACAGAACUCCCUCCCCCUAGUCAGUUGGACAUUGACUGGUCGCCCGUUUUGACAAGAAGAGACGAACGAAUUCUCAAGCUAGGAAACAUGUUUGUUACGCAUCACCCUGCAGGCCAUCCUGUGGGCGGAGCCAGCGACAGUGCUCCUGAGCCGGCACCCAAGAAGUUUUCUCGGUUCUUUGGAGGCAACACAGUCAAGAAACGGCAAAGACUAGUAAUGAUAACAUCAAAUGCCCGCGUCCUCAUGUGUGCCGCAGGAACGAACGACAAGAAGUUGAAAGAAGAAAUAUCGCUGUUGGCUUCUGGAUGUUCAUGGAGAAGUUUCGAGGACUCGAAGGGUCUCACUGCGUGGCUCGUGGAAACGCGAGAGAAACAGUACGUCUUCGAAGACCCGAAGAGCACCACGAGCGAUCCCAACGGCAGCAAAUACUAUACCACCGAGUGGAUCGACAGCAUUGAAAAGGCCAGAGAUUACGCGAUAUCCCAAAGCAUGGCCAAUUCAUACUCUGCGGACUCGACCUUGAAUGAUCUGAACUCCAGUUUGUCGAGUCCUUCUAGUACACUAGGAAACGAUUCAGCAAACGCCACUCAAAGAACGGACUCGCAAACUUUUAAGACGGAGCUCCUCGCUUUUCUCGGGUCAUCGAGCAGCUCCCCUUGUUUAAAUUUCUCAUACGUCGACGUUGUAUUUGCAAUGCAUCUGCACUCCCACAGCAAGUUGUCGUCGAAUUUGUCAGGCAUCAUCACUACUCAUCACCUCAUCGAGCGAUUGGCGUUUCAUGGCGUUCAUUUAAACUGUUCAAACUCUUGGUCGAAAUCAUACCACUCAGAGGAGGCCUCCCUCCUACUUCUCCUAUGUUACACCUUGGAUCGACCCACAAAUUUAUUUUCUUUGUCCGUUGGAGGGAUACCAUUAGAGUAUUCAACCCUUGCAUUUACCGGCUUCGGCAUAUCAACAUUUUCUUCAUCCGUUCGAUGGGGGAAAACCUGUUCUUUCCGUCGAAUCAUAUUGGACCGCCACACCCGUGUUGGUCAUAUACACAGGUAG